GGGAGCGUGCGUUUGCGACAGUAUGACGCCGCAAGUUUUGGCGGGAAAAGCUCUGCAUUUGGAUUCCUGUGGUGGCGGGCAGAGGACGGCCUGCCGUGGCACUUGAUGGAAUCAUGGCAGUGCCCUUUGUGGAAGACUGGGACUUGGUGCAAACCCUGGGAGAAGGUGCCUAUGGAGAAGUUCAACUUGCUGUGAAUAGAAGAACUGAAGAAGCAGUUGCAGUGAAAAUUGUGGACAUGAAGCGUGCCAUAGACUGUCCAGAAAAUAUUAAGAAAGAGAUCUGUAUCAAUAAAAUGUUAAAUCAUGAGAAUGUAGUGAAAUUCUAUGGUCACAGGAGAGAAGGCAAUAUCCAGUAUCUAUUUCUGGAAUAUUGUAGUGGGGGAGAACUUUUUGAUAGAAUAGAGCCAGACAUAGGCAUGCCUGAACAAGAUGCUCAGAGGUUCUUCCAUCAACUCAUGGCAGGGGUGGUUUAUCUGCAUGGUAUUGGGAUAACUCACAGGGACAUUAAGCCAGAAAAUCUCCUAUUGGAUGAAAGGGAUAACCUCAAAAUCUCUGAUUUUGGCUUGGCAACGGUGUUCCGACAUAAUAAUCGUGAGCGUUUAUUGAACAAGAUGUGUGGCACUUUACCGUAUGUUGCUCCAGAACUUCUAAAGAGAAAAGAAUUUCAUGCAGAACCAGUUGAUGUUUGGUCCUGUGGAAUAGUACUUACUGCAAUGUUGGCCGGAGAGUUGCCGUGGGACCAGCCUAGCGAUAGUUGUCAGGAAUAUUGUGAUUGGAAAGAAAAAAAAACAUACCUCAACCCUUGGAAAAAAAUCGAUUCUGCUCCUCUAGCUCUGCUGCAUAAAAUCCUAGUUGAGAAUCCAUCAGUAAGGAUUACCAUCCCAGACAUCAAAAAAGAUAGAUGGUACAACAAACCACUCAAGAAAGGGGCAAAGAGGCCCCGAGUCACUUCAGGUGGUAUAUCAGAGUCGCCUGGUGGAUUCUCUAAGCACAUUCAAUCCAAUUUGGACUUCUCUCCAGUAAACAGUGCUUCUAGUGAAGAAAAUGUGAAGUAUUCCAGUUCUCAGCCAGAACCACGGACAGGACUUUCCUUAUGGGACACCAGCCCUGCAUACAUUGAUAAAUUGGUACAAGGGAUCAGUUUUUCCCAGCCCACAUGUCCUGAUCAUAUGCUUUUGAAUAGUCAGUUACUUGGUACCCCAGGAUCCUCACAGAACCCCUGGCAGCGCUUGGUCAAAAGAAUGACACGAUUUUUUACCAAAUUGGAUGCAGACAAAUCUUAUCAAUGCCUGAAAGAGACUUGUGAGAAACUAGGCUAUCAAUGGAAGAAAAGUUGUAUGAAUCAGGUUACUGUAUCAACAACAGAUAGAAGAAACAAUAAACUGAUUUUCAAAGUGAAUUUGGUGGAAAUGGAUGAGAAGAUCUUGGUUGACUUCCGGCUUUCUAAGGGUGAUGGAUUGGAAUUCAAGAGACACUUCCUGAAGAUUAAAGGGAAGCUGAGUGAUGUUGUAAGCAGCCAGAAGGUUUGGCUUCCUGCCACAUGAUAGAUCCACUGGCUCUGGGAUUCCUGGUGAAUAUAGUGCUGCUAUGUGGACAUUAUUCUUCCUAGAGAAGAUUAUCUUACUCUGCAAACUGCAAGCAGUAGUCCCUGAAGAGCUGUCUUCCUUCUAGCCAAACAUUUUUCAAUCCUUUUUUGUAUGUUCUUCAUACAAAUAAUACCUAUAUCUUAACUGUAAGUAAAACUUUGGGGAAGGGGUGGAUAGAAUUCAUUAGAUAUUUCUUCACCUGCGGUUAGUGUCUGAAUUUGAGACCCACCUGGUGUAAACCAAGCUUUGGGGAUACAUGCGUUUACCAGCUUUUAUUACCAACAUAAUGAAAAAUGAUACUCUUGUCCUAUUUUUACCAAAACAUUUAGUUUCAUCCAAAAAGUACAUAUUUCCUCCAUGUUGACUUAAUUGCAUGAAUGAGUUAAUAAAAACAACCUAUGACUUUGGGACAGUAGAUUUAUCAGUCUAUGAAGUGAUGCCAACAUCAAAAUAUAUCCCUAAGAUUUGUACUUAUAUUUUCAAAAGGGCCUGACCAGGUAUAUAAACCUGUUUUUGAAUUAUAAUUAUUAAUUAAAAUGGCAAGUCGGUAUGUUUUGUUUUUCUGGUGUAGUUAACAAUAUAUAAAAUAUGGAUUGGUCUGUCAAGUAGAAGUUGAGCAUGAACUCUAGUGCUUAACUACCUUUACUCUGAAUUACUGUUGCACAUUUUAAAUAUUUUUCUGUAUUAUUUUCUACUUUCACAGCCAUAUUUUAAUUCUUUAUUACAGAAAUAAAUUCUAUUUUGAAAGUG